AACUUUCUUCCAUAAGCCGAUGGUGAAAGAGCGAUUUCAAAAUUGUUUAUAAAGAAGGUUGCAAUGUAUUGUUGAUAGGAAAUUCACGUCCUCUUAUUGUCCUUGUUAGAUUAGCGCAUAAAAAACACUUGCAAAGGUGACUUCCUCAUAGCUCGCUUUAGGUAGCGUUGAAGUCUCUACAAAAAAUUCCGUUGCAUCUGUCGGUCGGUGAUAACCCCGAAAAAGUUAUAGAUAAUUAUAAAAUGUUUAUAAAUGAAGUUCCAUAACCCCAAGUAACAAAGGUACAAAUUGCAUCAUGUAACCAGUUCCACGCUCGCGCUGGUACCAAAAACGAUUUCGCUUUGACCUAGAGCUACUUUCUUGCAGAUAGAGUGCAGUGUGUAAUUUAUUUUUUGCUCGUUUUUUUACGGAAAAUUUUUAAAUAAUCGUCUCGCAAGUGUAUAAUUAAUAUUCCGAGAAAGAGAUAUCUAUUUUUAUAGUGCGGGUACCGACGGUACCAACUGGUACUGAGUCGUAGUUGCUGCACCAGGUCCGUCUCGAGCACGUUCACCCAUUUCUAAACAGCAUUUACGUGACGUCACCUCUUGUACGAAGAACUGUCCGAAGAGCAGGCUUUGAAAAAUGCCAAGGAGACGGAAGUGACUGAAGUCGAAACCCCAUCAGAGCCCGAAAAAGACUCCAUGAGCUUUAAGCUCAAGUACUUAGGAAAUACAGUAGUCGAUAAAAGUGUAGGAGAAAAUGUUAGCCGUGACGCGAUUAAAAACAUUAUUAAGGUCGCCAAAGCUUCCGGGAAGAAAAUCGCACGUGUCAACGUCGAAAUCUCGCUGAAGGGAAUUUCGGUGGCAGAUUCCAAGGGGAAUCUCAUGUUUGAAAUCUCGAUCUAUCGCAUAUCGAACUGCUCCACGGACAAAUCGCACAGGCAGGUCUUCUCCUUUUUCUCUACGGACGAAAACGAGACGAUGGAGUGCCACGCGUUCCUCUGCCCGAAACGGAAGGUCGCCGAAGUAAUGGCGCUCACCGUCGCUCACGCAUUCACCAACGCGUACGAGCACUGGAAGACGUCGCCGGGCGCAGUCCAAAACGGCGCCAACGUCAAGGGGGAGGAAAUGAAGAACACCCUCAACACCAUGAAAACGCAAAUCAUCGAGAACGACCUGAUGACCGACGACUGCGCCAAGAGCGACGCCGACGAGAUCAUCGAGGAGAAGCUGAUCGACUUCGACACCGAGCUCAUUCCGAACGUCGACAUUUCGAAGAACGACUGGGUGGGCUUCGACGACGACUUCGGCCGCACCUUCGACGAUUUUGAGACGGAUUUCGACAACGGUUUUUUAGAUAAUAUCCUGAAGAAGGCGCAGCAGAACAACGCGUUUUGCGAAAUGACGAAUAAGUACGACGUCUUUCGGACGAGUCUGCCAAAUAACGCCAACCAGAUGGAUUUCGCGGCAUUUUGAUAAUGCUCGCUUGGUGCAGUAAACUGAUUUCUAUUUAUUGUCAUAGAUAAGUAAAUCAAUUUGUUUUACAUUUCUAUUUUUAAUUUGCUAAAAUAUCGUGCGCGUUCUCUUAUAGAGGAUCGUGCAAUGUAAAUACAUUAUUUGUAAGUAGUGAGA